UAUAAAAAAGUUCUUGAAAUGAGUCAAUUACGAGGCAAAAUUAUGCAAGAACACAAGUUAAAAUCUAUUGAAAAAACAACAAGACAAAUCUACAAUCUUAAUAUUUUAUUACCAAUAGUUUCUGAUUCAGAAAAAAACUAUUUAUCUCAAGACUCAGAUUUGGAACUUGAUCAAGUUGAUGAUAAUAGAACUAAUAAUGAUAUUUAUUAG